UGGGUGAGGAUCGGGCGGAGCACAAGGACACGGUUCCAGCUCGGAGAGGCCCCAGAAACCCUUGCCGUUGUGAGCCCGGUCAGCCGAAGGAUGCGGCUGUCAACCCGGCAGACCUCCUCACGGCAGAGGUGGGCCAGCUAGGCUCCAGGGUGGUGGGCAGCGUGCGCUCGGCUGCCUGUGCAGCUACCACCGGAGCAGCCCAGCAAACAUCCCCAGAAGCUGUCCAGUGGAGAGCAGACCACAUCUGGGGUGCGAGGUCAGAAGUCCCACUGCAGGACUUCGCGGUACACCGGCACCCUCCAUUCUGAUAGGUCUUCUGUCCCCAGAUCACUCGGGUGCAAGGGACAGCUCCAGGAUGGCAGGUGCACAGCCUUACCCUGAGGCCCCACCCUGACGAGUCGGCAUGUUUGAAGCGCGGUAACCAGAAUGACCUACGAGUGUGCAUGCUGUCGCCUUAGGAGACACCAUUCUACAUUGGAGAUCGUGACUUCCAAACCAGGGCAAGAAGCAUAAAAAAGACGCUAGCGGACAGAAGCUGGCUGGGGGCGGGGAGGGGGCGGUGCGGAGAGUCGGGGAAAACGGUCACGUGCAGGAAGCGGAAGCGCCUGCCUUCUCUCAGCGUCUCCCAACCUAUCAUAGCACAGGUCUGCAUCCAAGACUGGACCUGGGUCUUCCUCCUAGUUGUCCAUCCUGGUCCAGGGCGAUGGCUCUGCCUGGGAAUCCGCGGCGCCUCUGCAGGCUGGUGCAAGAGGGCCGACUGCGCGCCCUACAGGAGGAACUGGCGGUACCUGGAGUUUGCUGGGGGCCAGAGAUGGCCCGAGGCAGCCUUGGGCCAGCCGGGGACACCCUUCUCCACUGUGCAGCGCGCCACGGGCGCCAGGACAUCCUAGCGUACCUAGUGGAGGCUUGGAGUAUGGACAUCGAGGCUGCCAACAGAGACUACAAACGGCCUCUGCACGAAGCUGCCUCUAUGGGCCACCGGGACUGCGUGCGCUACCUCUUGGGCCGAGGUGCAGUCGUGGACUCCUUGAAGAAGGCGGACUGGACUCCUCUGAUGAUGGCUUGCACAAGGAAUAACCUUGACGUGAUCCAGGACCUUGUAGAACACGGUGCCAAUCCACUCCUGAAGAACAAGGAUGGCUGGAACAGUUUCCACAUUGCCAGUAGAGAAGGCCACCCUGUCAUCCUCCGGUACUUGCUCACUGUCUGCCCAGAUGCUUGGGAAACAGAGAGCAACAUUAGAAGAACUCCUUUACACACUGCAGCAAUGCACGGCUGUUUCGAAGCAGUCCAGGUGCUUCUUGAGAGGUGUCACUAUGAACCAGACUGUAGAGACAACUGUGGUGUCACGCCCUUCAUGGAUGCAAUUCAGUGUGGCCAUGUUAGCAUAGCCAAGCGGCUCCUUGAAAACCAUGAGGCUUGCUCCUCAGCUGCAGAUAGCCUGGGGGCCCAGGCUCUACACCGCGCAGCAGUCACUGGGCAGGAUGAGGCCAUACGGUUCCUGGUGUGCGGUCUUGGCAUCGAUGUAGAUGUGAGAGCAGAGUCAAGCCAGCUCACAGCACUUCACUAUGCGGCAAAGGAAGGACAGACGAGCACAGUUCAAACUCUGUUGUCCUUGGGUGCCGACAUCAACUCUACAGAUGAAAGAAAUCGCUCAGCCUUGCAUCUGGCCUGCGCAGGUCAGCACGUGGCUUGCACCAGGUUCCUCCUACAGUCGGGCCUGAAGGAUUCCGCAGACCUCACAGGCACCUUGGCCCAGCAACUCACGAGGAGCGAAGAUAUCCUUCGGGACUUUGACCACUACAUGAAAUCGUCCGAUGCUUGAAGAAGAAGGCAAUGGAGUUCACGGCCGUUCACAUCGUGCUCCUUCCGUUGCUGACAGACAGAUCAUCGAGUUACUUCUCAGCCAGUGUUUUCAUCUCCUCUGCCUUUCCUCCUGCAUGUUCUUCAGCUGAGUGACCAGGAGUCUGGAUUCCUGGCAUGUUAUGUGAUCUUGAACGUAGCCAUUUGUUUUUUCGUUUUUAAACUGUAAUGAGGGUUGAACUCAGAACCUUCACAUGCUCAGCAAGUGCUGUGCCACUAAAGCACAUCACCAGCCCAAUAUCUUGGCUUUUCUACUGUGCAAGGAAAAUGAGAUUAAACAUAGAGGUUUGCAUAUCCUUAGGGAGUGAAUGUAAUAUAUGUGUCUUUAAAUAUAUGAAAAUCUAAUAAAACAAUAUAAA